UGGGGAAUGGGCGUCUUGCGUUCGAUCUGUGCAGAAGUUGAGAACCCGUCUGCUGCAAGAUACGAUUUUCCUUCCUCCCAACAGCUUGAUCCCUGAUGUUUCUGGCUUUUCUUCUUGGAGAUGGUGGGAAGUGAACAAUCUGGCUCGUUUUAGCCCAAGUUGGCAUCUUCUUGUUCCCACCUGGCCACUUGCGCUUCGUUGAUGUGCAAAAUGGUUGAUUCUUGAUAACUCACUACCUUGAUUCUUGUCACGUCCGUUUCAAUCUACUUAUGCAAUUUAUGUUGGCUAUUUUUUUUGUCAACAUUUGGUCAUUCAAAAAGUUAGUAUACCUUAACUGAAGCAAGUUACAGAGAUCGUACCAACUCCAACGAUCGCUUCUGUUUUCUCAGCUUUUUUUGGGUGUUUGUUUCUUCGGUUGGCAAUCUACCGCUGCACCUAAAUUCGAAUUGUUUUAAGUUUUUUUUCCCUGCCUCUAGUUACUGCCGUUUUUUAGGAUUUUGUUGGAGGUACGUUUCUCUGUUCCCUGUACGUUGCUUGGGUCCGAAAAUUUUGUUUGGUGAGGAUUUGUUUCAUCGUGUUUCAGCUUAUUUAUGGAAGCUCAUCUCGUCCCGUUUCUUCUAGCGAGUUUACUAUUUUCGAAUACCGCUUCGUCAUCUUCUAGGCGACUAGGCGUAGUAUCGGAUGCUACUAUGCUCUGCUGCCUAGAUUGCCUUGGAAAGCUUAUUUUGGUCAAUCAACCCAACUAGGAGUCUUCAGGGUCAGGGACAAUGGCCGGGGGUGGCACGGGCAUCAGGAAGUAUGUUGGGGUCCUCAAGGACACCACAACCGUUAGCAUAGCAAAAGUAAACAGCGAUUAUAAGGAGCUGGACAUUGCUAUUGUGAAGGCCACAAACCAUGUUGAGAAUCCAGCGAAGGAGAAGUACAUAAGAGAUAUCUUUUACCAUCUUUCUCCUGGAAGGCCUCGGGCAGAUGUAGCCUACUGCAUCCGUGCCCUUGGUAGACGUCUUUCAAAGACGCACAACUGGGCGGUUGCUCUGAAGACAUUAAUUGUCGUACACCGUGCUCUUCGGGAAGUUCAUCCUACUUUCCGUGAAGAGAUUAUUAGUUACGGAAGAUCUAGCUCCCAUAUGUUCCACCUGUCCUACUUUAAGGAUGAUUCUAGUGCAGAAGCCUGGGAUUACUCUGCAUGGGUGCGCAAUUAUGCUUUAUAUUUGGAGGAGAGACUUGAAUCUUUCCGUGUACUGAAAUAUGACGUCGAAAAGGAUCCAUUGACAACUCGGGAGCUUGAUACAAGUGGACUGCUUGAUCACUUACCAGCAUUGCAGCAGCUUCUUUUUCGGCUACUUGGUUGCCAGCCAAAAGGGUCAUCAUCUUAUAACAUCAUAAUCCAGCAUGCACUUUCAAUGGUUGCUCUAGAGAGUGUUAGGAUCCAAACAGCGAUCAACGAUGGGAUGCUCAAUCUUAUUGACAAGUUCUUUGAGAUGCAAAGGGAUGACGCUAUUAGGGCACUUGACAUAUAUCGAAGAACAAUUAAUCAGGCAGAACAACUUUCAGAAUUUUAUGAAGUGUGUAAAACUAUACAUAUUGGGCGUGGUGAGAGAUUCCUAAAAAUCGAAAAGCCUCUUGCGUCAUUCUUAGAAACUAUGGAGGAGUAUGUGAACAAUGCUCCCCUUGCUUCAAGAGUUCAGAGAAAUCAGGCUGUACUAGCGAUAGAGUACAAAAGAAAAUCCGACGUUGACGAACCGUCAACAUCACUUCCUCCUCCACCGGCUUCAACUCCAGCUCCAGCUCCAGCUCCAGAACCUGAACCUGAGCCCGUUAAAGAGGUCCCACCUAUAUCUGAACCAACAGAUUUGCUGGGAAUGAAUGAAUCAACCCCUUCCACGUCUGAAAUGGAUCAAAAGAAUGCUUUGACCUUGGCAAUUGUUCAACAAGAUAAUGCACCUAAAGCGCCUUCUCCUGCCGGUACUGAAAAUGUGGCCACUAGCUGGGAACUGGCACUAGUCACUGCACCCAGUUCAAGUGGAAAUGCUGUUACUUCAAGCAAAUUGGCCGGUGGACUGGACCUGCUUACACUUGACAGCCUAUACAACGAGGCGCACCGACGAGCACAGCAGAAUGCGAGCUACAACCCUUGGGAGACGAAUCCAGCAUCUGGUCCAGUUAUGCAACAGCCGAUGCACGACCCAUUCUACGCCUCUAAUUCCAUUGCUGCAGCCCGCAACGUGCAGAUGGUAGCGAUGGCGCAGCAGCAGCAUGCCUUCAUGCUCCAGCAGCAGCAGCAGCAGAUGAUGAUGGCGCAGCAGCAGCAGCAAGCCUCUUCCAAUCCAUUCGCCGACCCGUACAUGCACGCCGGCGUCCACCCGUACGGUGCAGGGAUGCAGCUCCAUGCAGGUAAUGCAUACACAGGAACUGGGAUGAUGUAGAGCGCCACAGAAUCUGCUGUUUUGUUUUAACACCUUUCGGUUUUCUUUUUCAUUUCAUUUUCCCAUUGUAAGAAUUGUGUUACAAAAGGAUUAGGAGAAGUAGAAGAAACCUGGUAUAGUGUCAAGAUGAGCAGAGCCGUUGAAGUUUUUUUUUUUUUCUGGCUGAUCAUGACCAAGAAGGCCAGAAUGGUUGAUGUGCAGCUGUAUCGUGACAUUUUGUGAAGCGGAUAUGGACAGCUCUGUCAAACGAGUUAAUAUUUGUCCUUUGGAAAGCCGAGUUGGUGUGCACUUUUGCACAUUUCAAGUUAACAUUUCCCCUCUGAAAAAGUAAUAA